AUGGCAUUUCAGAUUGGUGAGAAUGUGCUUCUUAAGGUGUCACCCAUAAAAGGGAUGAUGAUAUUCGGUAAGAAGGGUAAGCUUAGUCCUAGAUACAUUGGACCAUUAGAAAUUCUCGACUGUGUAGGACCAAUAGCGUAUACAUUGGCUUUAUCUCCUAACCUAUCGAGAGCUCAUCUGAUCAUGCUUCCUCAUAGAGAUUAUGCACGGAAUGCUAAUGCACACGAUGUUAACACAAUUCCUCCAGUCCCGGACAAUGAGGGUACGAAUGCAGAAUUCCGAAAUGUGAUCAUCCAACUUUUGGCUAAGAGUGUAGCCAACCAAAACAAUCGGCAAGUCCCAGUUCCUACUAAUACUAAUGGUGGAUAA